AUGCCUAAGGAGAAGACCACCCGCAAGUCUGGCAAGGAGCGCGUCCAGCGCCGCAAGAAGGACCCCAACGCGCCCAAGCGCGGUCUGUCCGCCUACAUGUUCUUCGCCAACGAGAACCGUGACAAGGUUCGCGAGGAGAACCCCGGUAUCACCUUUGGCCAGGUCGGCAAGAUGCUCGGUGACAAGUGGAAGGCCCUGUCCGAGACUGAGCGCAAGCCCUACGACGCCAAGGCUGCCGCUGACAAGAAGCGCUACGAAGAGGAGAAGGCCAAGUACAAUGCUGCUGCGGAAGAGGACGAUGAGUCUUCCUAA